CUUUGAUGUACUGAGCAUUUCAACAGGGUCUCGGACUGCCCACCACCUUCUCAGCUCAUCUUCUCUCUCUCUCUGUCUUCGUAUUAUUCCCUUCGAGUAAAGAAAGAAAUGGCAUUUUUACUCAACAAAACUACUCUCUCGGCGUUCCGACUCCAUUCCCAGAAAUCUAAUGAUUCGUUGACGAUAUCAAGGCGUGGAUUUCAUGUGGAGCCAGGCGCUCGCGAGAAGGCUCUCUUGGCAGAGGAUCCAUCACUGAAACGCUUCAAAUCGCAUAAGAAAAGUCUGAGGCGUCUCAAAACUGUUGGAGAUGUUCUUACGAUUGUGGUUGUAGCUGGAUGCUGCUACGAGAUCUAUGUUAAGGCUGUCAUGCGAGAGGAAGCCCGCAAACAGGCAAAAUAAAGUGUGUGUCAUGCUAUUUAUUUCAAUAAUGCAUAACGACGCCUUUGUCGGUCGAUGAACGGGCACCGAUUGGGUAAAGGGAAACAAGGCAUUUUGUAUUUUUAGUGCAGCAGACCUGUGUUUGAACUGAGUUGAUGAUAUUGAAAUAAAAGUUGUUCACUUUUCCUUCAGUUUUACUUGAUGCUGUAAGGUUGCAAGUAAUUUUGGUGAGUUUUCCUGAUCUUGAAUGUAUUGGUAUAAUGACUGGUCAUUCCAGAAAAGAUAAAUUUUCAGUA